AUGAAUGAUGAAAUCAAUGAGCCGUCACCCAAUAUAUGUGAGCAAUGCUUAGGCGAUGAGAGUAAUAUACGGAUGACUAAGAUUCCCCAAGGCUCUGAAUGUAAGAUUUGUACCCUACCGUUCACCUUAUACCAUUUUAAAACAUCAAAACGAAGCAAUAAUAUCAUUAAAACAUUAAUAUGUGUAAGAUGCGCCACUCAAAGAAACAUUUGUCAAUGCUGUAUGCUUGAUUCAAGGUGGCACAUCCCUAUACAACUGCGGGAUCAUUUAAUAUCCAUCGUGAACGAGGAAAACGUCAUGACCGAGGAGGCAAGAAACGACAUGAUGAAAAGGUUCUUGUCGCUAAAAAAUGUGAAAUUGGGAGGAGCUCAAAUCACGAGCGAUGCCUCAGAAGCAGACAAUAUCGUUGAUAAGCUGAAAAAUAUACUUCUGCGAGCAGCAUCAGAUGACUCGAGUCCUCCAUUGGAAAUAAAGGACACAACUGCAUUGCAUAAAAACGAAAAAGAUAUGACUGACGUCAAAAACUUGGGAAAAUUCGUGUCCGUGGACAUAUCUCACGUUCUGAAGAAAAUACCCUUGAAUGAAUCGUUCUCAAAGGACGCAUCCACUAGAUCGUUUUUCCUUUAUAAUAUUGAUGCUUCAAUCCCUGAAUGGAAAAUAGCUGAUACUAUCUCACAAUUAUUAGGUAUAAAGAAAUGGAGCGAUGGGAAUUCAUUAACAUUGGUAGUUAACCAUAAGGCGAAGUGUGGAGGCGUAAGAUUUCAAUCUAUCGAAUUGGGAGAGCGGUUCGUCAAUAAAAUAAGUGAUACACUUACCACACCGAAGGGCCUGAAGAGAGGAGUUUUGCCUAUCGAUCGUUUCAGAAUAUUUAUUAUUCCUUGGUCAUCUGGGUUUUCAGCUGCGUCAUUCGGAGCCAACACCGCAGAAAAUAUAAAACUUAGUUUGAGUUUAAAUAAGCUUAUUCAAUUGGAACUAGGGCUUCCCUUCCCUACAAAGGAUGCAGAUAACCCGAAGAAAGAAAAGAAAAAGACAUCAAAGAAGGUCCAUAAGGCUAAAUCAAAGAAAUCGAAACCUCGGGCUAACAAGUUAACAAUAUAG